GCCCCAGUGUCCGCGGAAUCUGCCAGUCUCUUUCUCCACGCCUCGUGCUCCAGGCGACUCUGCUGUUUCUUGGUUGCAAGGAAAGGAAUGGAAGAGGACGCGGCGAAUCUGAGCGCCGGCGACGGCGAGGAGGAAGAGGAAGCGGCCGAGCGCGGCUCCGGCGGCGGGUUCGACUUCGACCCGACGGAGGACGAGCUGGUGCUGCACUUCCUGCGUCCGCAGCUGCGCGGGUUCCCGCCGCGCGUGGCUGGCGCCGUGCUGGAGGCGGACCCGUGCGGCGCGGCGCCGUGGGAGCUGCUGGCGCGGUACGGCCUGCGGGAGCGGGGCCACUUCUUCGUGGCGCGCGGGCGGGGGCGGGGUCGGACCGCCGUGCGCCGCGCCGUGGCUGGCUCCGGCGCCUGGAUGCACAGCGCCAGCAAGCUCGGGCAGUCCGUGACGGACCUCGGCCUCGUGGUGCGGUGGAGCAGGGUCAAGUUCUGCUUCUACGUGCCCCAGCCUGGGCAGGAGUCCGGGCAGGGGCGGCAGCUGCGGAGCGCCGGGUGGGUGCUGGAGGAGUACCAGAUCACGGACCCGCGGUGCUACCGCCGCGCCGACGACGAGGAGGAGGACCGGUACUGGGUGCUCUGCCGCGUCAGGAGGAGCGGAGACCAUGGGCGGCGGACAGAGUCUGAGGCUGGAGCUGGGAUGCCGCCGACGAGCUGGAACAGGGUUAUGGAGUGAUGAAGGCCACCGCCGAAUUAGCAAGUGCAGUGAUGACCACACUUUGAGUAAUUGCAUAUGAAUGUUGUUGAUUCAAGGAGAGAUCAAGGAAUCCCGAAUGUACAUACUGUCGUAUUCGGAAAAUGGCAUGGAGGGAAUUUCUUGACAAAUUCAGAAUUCAUUUCGAGUCCCACAGCAGAUUAGGUGUCAGCAGAAUUUUCUCCAGUGGAUUCAUUACAAAAAUCUCAAGGCUCUUCGUCAGAUAAACAAUACCAUAUCAGUCUUUUCUUCUACUUUGGUCGUAAUCUGUAGACUCUCGUUGACUUUAGAUUUGCCAUGAAGCCCUUUUGGUGAAGUUUUCAGAUGGUUCAUCGAAAGCUUGUUAAUGGCAAGAUCUGUGUGUUGUGUGUGUGUGUGUGGCGGCGCUUGUACGGAUGUGACAAAAAAACAUAUAUGCAUAAAUCAUAAGCAGUUUAAUGCAGUUUGAGCA